GGGAAUCAGUGUUUGCAGGAGCCAGUCUGGAGUUUGAUGUGCCCCGAGCAAGGUCUGACCUCCCCCAGAUAACUCAAGGCAGGGGAGAUAAAUCCCUGACCUGUGUCCAGAAGGAAGAGGAGAAGAACUGGCACAUAGGAGCUUCCAAACAGAACAGGGAGCUAUGCCUUCAUCAGUGCAACUCUUCAGAGAUCAGAAGUACCACGAGCUGAAAGAGCAGUGUAUCCAGCAGAGACGGCUCUUCGAAGAUCCUGAGUUUCCAGCCUCAGAUGGAUCCCUUUUCUAUCAGUCAGCACCACCAAGGAAAGUUGAAUGGAAGCGCCCAAAGGACCUCUGUGAAGACCCCCAUCUGUUUGUGAAUGGAAUCAGCUCCCAUGACUUACACCAGGGCACCCUGGGGAACUGCUGGUUUGUGGCUGCCUGUUCCUGCCUGGCUCUGAGGAAAUGCCUCUGGCAGCAGGUGAUUCCAGACUUCAGCGAACAAGAAUGGGACCCUAAAAACCCAGAGAAAUACGCUGGGAUUUUCCGUUUCCGCUUCUGGUGCUUCGGAGAAUGGACAGAGGUGGUUGUUGAUGAUCUGCUGCCAACAGUGGAUGGGAGGUUGAUCUACUGCCAUUCUAAUGUGAAAAAUGAGUUCUGGAGCGCACUGCUGGAGAAAGCCUAUGCAAAGUUGGCUGGAUCCUAUGAAGCCCUUGAUGGAGGCAGUGCUGCAGAUGCCAUUGUGGAUUUCACUGGAGCAGUGGCAGAAUCUAUUGACUUGGUACAGGGCAAAUAUGGAGAGAUUAUUUCUGAGCAGAUGAAGCUGUUUGAAGACUUGAUGAAAGUGCAUAGAAGAGGCGGGUUGAUCAGCUGCUCCAUUGCGGUGUCCUCUGGCCGUGCCAGUGAGGCGGAGACAGAGAUGGGGCUCGUUGUUGGCCACGCGUACUCGGUGACCGCGAUUCGGAAGCUGCGCCUCGGAGAAAGGCUCGUGUUCUCUUUUAAGGCAGAGAAGAUGUUCAUGAUCAGGCUGAGGAAUCCCUGGGGGAAAAGAGAAUGGAACGGUGCUUGGAGCGACAAUUCUGAGGAGUGGAAGAAAGUCAGCGAUUCAGAGCGCAAGAGCUUAGGGCUUGUUCUAGAGAAUGAUGGAGAGUUCUGGAUGACAUUUGAGGACUGGUGUAAGAAUUUCACAGACGUGGACAUCUGCAGGAUUGUGAAUACCUCCUACUUCAGCAUCCACAAGACCUGGGAGAAGAAAAUGAUGCAUGGGGCUUGGACAAAAAAUUCAGAGCCCCUGCUAAAUCGCUCUGGUGGCUGCUUCGAUAACAGAGAGACCUUCCUUCAGAAUCCCCAGUACAUCUUUGAUGUCAAGAAGACCGAGGACAAAGUGUUGGUCUCGUUACAACAGGAGGAUCGCCGCAAAUACAAGAAAGAAGGGAAAGGAGACAGCAUCCCAAUUGGCUUUGAAAUAUUCAAGGUGGAGGAUAACAGGAGCUAUCGGCUGCACAAGCUCACGGUGCAGGAGAGAGUGGCCACGUCUCCGUACAUCAACACACGCACCGUCUUCCUGAAGAGGAUCCUUCAGCGAGGCCGCUACGUCCUUGUCCCAACCACGUUCCAUCCGGGCAUCACCGCGAGGUUUAUCCUGAGGCUCUUCACGGACGUGCCAUCAAAACUCAGGGAGCUGAAGGCAGAUAAGCCUAAAAUGACAUGUUGGAAUCUUCUUUGUGGCUAUCCACGCAGAGUCACCCAAAUCAAAGUUCACUCUGCAGAGGGUUUACAGAAGCAAGACAGAUCAGGCGGAGCCGAUCCCUACGUGCUUGUCAAAUGUGAGAACCAAAAAGUGCGCUCCCCUGUGCAGCACGACACGACCAGUCCCGUCUUCAACACACAAGUGAUUUUUUACAAGAAGAACAUUGACAGUCCUGUCACGAUCCAGGUCUGGAACAGCAACAUCCUGUGUGACCAGCUCCUGGGGCAGGCAGUGCUGGCAGCUUCCCCCAGUGACCCCCGAGAGCAGCAGACGCUGCGGCUCCGAGGGAGAGGCGGCCGGGAAGCAGCCGAGGUGCCGGGUCACAUCACCGUCAAGGUUUUCUCCAGCGAUGACCUCGCGGAGCUCUGA